AUGCCGAAGCGAGGGUUCGAACAUAUUUUUCUCCUGUUAUUCGGGCUUUCAAUUAUGUAAGUUGACCUGGCUAAGAAUCGUUAAUUUAGAAAAAGUUUCAUUUAUAUUUUUUUUACUUGCCCAAAUACUGAACAAAUAAAAUUAUUUUUCCAGUCCAAAGUUUUUUCAUUCAUUUUUUUUAAACUUUCAGAGCAUUGUUUUCAUUUUCGUGGCUGUUUAAAUUCAUCAUCCAACCGAUAUCUUUUCGAUAUGACUUCUCCCAAAUCAACAGUAUCUUUCCAAAGAGUUCAAAUUCACUAUCAGUUUUCUUUAAGGUUACGAGAAUGCGGUGUCUUUAGAACCGAUUGGAAAAAAUUUCGAAACAUUGGUAAAAUAAAAUUUUUUUAAAGGUUGAGACUUUUAACAUAGAAAAUCGUGCAAACCGAUCCUCAAGGAAGCGAAGUGAGGACCAGAACUCAUUUGCUGAGUCACAGACUGCUUCUUGAGAAAAUCGCGAACAUUUCGGUCGAAGCUUUUGGAAGGUCAGGAAAAAGCAGGAAAAAUGGGGAGUUUUUUUUUUGCAGGUCGUGGACCUACAACGACAUCUGUUUCAAGCCACGUUCUGCAUUACUCGAUUUGGAUUUCGGCGGUCUUUCUUACAUGGAGGUUCGAUUCUCAAAAUGGUUUUUUUUUCAUUUAGGUUAAGGUUUUUUUGCGAAUGUUUUUCUUGUUUUUUAUUGGUCCAGGAGGACGUUUUUUCUGAAAAGAGUAGUUCUCGAACAAAGUCAAGCUUUUUUCAAAUUUUUGGCUGUUUGAAUUAUUUUUUUGAAGCAUUCCCGUUCAGGAGUUUGUAAAGAUUGUGCGCGGAUAUCUGCCGUGUUAUCUGGUGACUCCCAUAAAUUCUUUUUGGGACCGGCUUUCCUUGAAUCAAAUCAUACGAAGGUAUGUUUUUUUAAAGGUUUUCUAAAAUUUUCAGCUUUUCAUUUCAAGCAAAAUUUCACUCGUUUUUUUGCGGCUUUUCAGCCCUCAAAUAAUAAUCCGUGCUGUAUUUCUGAUGAAUAUGGUUCAGGAACGAUCUCGAGACGUUGGAACAACUUGAAGUUUAUCUGGAGCUCGAGUUCGAUCUCCCCUUGUUGCAAGAAUGCGGAAAAUGUUCGCUUCACAUAUUCUAUUUUUUAUUUUUUCUUUAUCUCAGCUUCAUUCAAUAAGAACGCUCUGAAAUGCUUUGAUUCGAUCAAAAGCCUGAUCUCUUCGAGGAUGCGCAACGAAUCAGAUAUUGUGACGAAAGAGGACUUUGGCCGUUUCCAAUUAUCUUCUAAGGUUCGGCGGAGACAUCGAAAUGUUCAUUUUUGAGUUUUCAGCGAAUGCAGUAUCUUAGCGAUGAGCAGCUGGAAUGUCUCGAUCCGUCCGAUAAGUGCCAUCUCGAUCAGUUCGUACGACCGCUCAACUUCUACAACGUUUGCGACGCGAUGUCGCAGAUCAGCCGCAAGUCUGGCCGAUUUCCACUGACUGUGAGCUUCAAGCUCUGCGAUUCGAUGAGCAAACCUCAGAUGUACAUGCUUUUCCGAGGCGAUCGGCGCAAGGGUUCUAUGUUCCCUAUUCUCGACUGCCAAAACGAAGACGACGUCCGUAUUUUCUUCGAAAAACUUCUCGAGUUGGAAUCGCCCUUGGCUCGUAGUGGAAUCUCACUUCCUCGCUUCCCUAACUAUACAAAGGUUGACCAAUUUUCUAGUUUGUAGUUUCCAUCGUUUCAAAGCGGAAUGAAAUUUUCCGGAUUCACAAGGAUAAAAGCAAAAUUUUUUGUAGAAAAACGAAUUUUGUUUAUUCAGAAAUUUCAGGAAAAUUCCUUCGAAAUAUUUUUGUUUUGAUCUUCCCAUUUGUAUUUUUGAUUAUUUUUCCUGGAGUGAAAGUUUUAGCAGAAGGAUACCAAUUCCUUCUAAUUUUCAAACUUUCCUUUCCAGACAUUAUCAAGAGGCUCUUCAGCGAUUCAUGGCGAAUGGAACAAUGAAGAGUUGCUCGUUGGCGGCAAUAUAAGUGAAAAAAAGUGUUAGUUUCUAUAUCUUUAUAAAUGUAUCUUUUCAGAUUAUAAAAAAAUUUUAAUGUGUAUUUUUCAUUGAGCUGAACAAUUUGAGCAAUGGAAAUAAUCGCAGGUCUGAAGGCGAGCCUAGAAUCGAAGUGGCUGACUAUUUUCGUCUGCAAAUCAGUUUAAUGAAGGCGGAAACUCUAGUCAGAAUUAUGCUAUCGACUGGAGAAGAGAGGAGGGAUUUUUGGACGAAGGAAAACGCUCAGUUCAUUCUCGACGAAUGGACCAACGCUCUCCGAGCCACGGCAGGAAUCUUUAUUUUUCUUCCUAAUCAUUUCUUUUUCCUGCAGAUUGAGUCUUUUAACAGAGAUUCGGCUUCUGUCUUCUUGUUCGAGACAAAAUCAGAAGAUCCAGUCCUCGUUGAGAAUUCUACAGCCGCUCGAUUGAUUUUCAUUUUUUGUUCUUUACUGGUGAGUGUUAUCGAACUCUUCGAAGAUGGACACGACACUACUGCGUUCAGAUGUUGUUCUACUACUUGGUUAGGACGGAAAUUUCGAUCGAUUUCUUUUUUUGGACGUUUCUCAGGUUCCUCACCUGUCUAGCCGUGUAUUUCGCAGUGUCUCUUUCUGGUGGAAAUUUAACUCAACUCAGCCCUUCAUCAUUGGUAACUUCUGCUUUUAUUUUGUUCUUUUCUGUUGUUUUCGCAAUUAUCUUGUUCAGGUUUGCGCCGGAUUGGUCUUUGUAACUAA